CGGUCCCGCGCUGCGAUGGCGGCGCCGGGCUGUGCGGAGCUGCGGGCGGGCGGGCCGGGCGGUGUCCCGGGGGCUGUCCCGCCGCACUCCAGCUGUAUCCCGGGUCCAGGGGGUGUCCCGGGGGCUGUCCCGCCGCACCCCAGCGGUGUCCCGGGUUCGGGAGCUGUCCCGCCGCACCCCGGCGUGUCGCGGCGGCGGGGGCGGACGCUGCUGGUGCGGCACCUGCCCGCCGAGCUGACGGCGGCGGAGAAGGAGGAUCUGCUGCAGCACUUUGGGGCGGUGUCUGUGCGCGUCCUGUCGGACCACGGGCGGCUGAAACAUACUGCUUUUGCCACCUUUCCCAGUGAAAAUGCAGCUGCAAAGGCUUUAUCAAGGCUGCAUCAGCUGAAACUUUUAGGUCACACCUUGGUUGUUGAAUUUGCGAAGGAGCAAGAGAGUGUACAGGCCCUUAGCCAGCCUUCUGUCUCAGAGAAGUGUAAAAGUUCAGAAGAACCAGUGAAAGAAGAAGAGAAGGUAGAACCAAGCUGUGUUAAAAUAGAGAAUGGAAUUGCACCCAACCAUGGCCUCACCUUUCCCAUCAAUUCCUGCCUCAAAUAUUUGUACCCACCACCUUCAAGUGCAAUUCUAGCAAAUAUAGCAAAUGCCUUGGCAAGCGUGCCCAAAUUUUACGUCCAGGUACUUCAUCUAAUGAAUAAAAUGAAUCUUCCUCCACCCUUUGGACCGAUUACUGCUCGCCCUCCCAUGUAUGAGGAGUAUUUACCAGUGCCUGUGCCACCUCCCCCAAUCCCACCUCUGCCUCCUGAAGAGCCUCCUUUGCCUGAAGAGGACGAAGAGCAACUACCUAGUGGGGAUGAAUCGGAAUAUGAAAGUGAUAAUGAUGAGGAAAAGGAGAGAAUGACCAAGUUGAUGGAAUUAGCAACCCUUCAGCCUAAAAGACCGAUAAACUCAAAGAGACGAGGUGUUAGAAAAAAGCAAAGAAUUAAAGACUUACUGAAUGUUCCUGUGUGUACUCCCCACAGUAAUUUGCACCCUACACUGUCACCUUCAGAUGUCUUUGAGCAGCCACAUCAUGUAGGUCAUAAAAAAAUAGAGUUUCAUAUUAGUACUGACAUCCCAGCUGUUCUUCAGAUAAACUCAGAAAAAGAAGAAAAAAAUGAUCUUUCUGCAACCACAGAAGAAAUCAAUAAUACAGGCUUUGGAAGGAUUUUCCCAGCUCCUAGCUCAAAUGAUAAAAUGGAAACUGAAGAGGAGGAUGAUGAAAUACCAUCAGAAUUUAUUUCUAGAAAGGAUCUAGAAAAAAACAGACUUUCUAGAGAAGAAAUGGAAAAAUUUUCUGUUUUCAAAAACUAUGAACCAGGUGAUCCAAAUUGCAGGAUAUAUGUGAAGAAUUUAGCUAAACAAGUCCAAGAAAAGGAUCUCAAGUUUAUUUUUGGAAGAUAUGUUGACUUCCAGUCAGAAGUGGAACGAAAUAUGUUUGAUAUACGUUUGAUGAAAGAAGGCCGUAUGAAGGGACAGGCUUUCAUUGGACUUCCUAAUGAAAAAGCAGCUGCUAAAGCAUUAAAAGAAGCAAAUGGAUAUGUCUUAUUUGAAAAACCCAUGGUGGUUCAAUUUGCUCGUUCAGCUAGACCAAAACAGGAUGCCAAUGAAGGGAAAAGGAAAAAGUAGAGCACUGCACAAGGUAUGGACUCUGCCUGAAAAUAAAAAUAAAUAGGCUUGGAUUUUUUUUGUUAGUGUGUGCGUUUGUUUGUUUUUAUGUAAUAUCUCUUUAAUGGCUUAUUUAGGAAUACUGGGAAACAUUCCAUACAAUUUUCUUUUCUUAAAUAUGUGCUUAUAUGAGGAAAACAGAAUGCAAGGUAUAUAGUUGGUGUAAGUUUAAAACGUUGCUUCUUCCUCUGUUUAACAAUUCGGAGACUGACAUUUCACUGCUCCUGAUCUCAUAGGGUACCUGUCAGUUUCUCUAAUCCUUUAUCUGGGGAGCUAAGGAGAAUAAUUAUGUGGAAUUGGACCACUUACCUUUUAGUAAUCUUCCAGGGUUUUGGUAUUGAAAAGAGUUGCCUCUUUACAUUGGUAGGGAUGGAAGGGAAGGAGUAAAGUGAUGCUGAAGAACUGGUUCCAGCAAUGAACUUCUGCUAGCUGUAAAGGACCUUUGGCUUUGCUAACUUUGGAAGAUGAGAUCUUAGUGCUGUUGCAGCAUCCUUUAAACUUAUCUGAAUUAGUGAAGGAUUUUCUGUCAGAACAUGCUGCUUAAUGCUGCAUUAAUCAAGACUUCCUUUGUGGAAUGCGUAGGUCCUGAUUUUUUGGCAUUAUUAUCCCAUCAUAACAUGUUGGGAAAGUAACUUAUAGCAGAAAGUAAUUGCUAUUAUUUCUUAUGAUGUAGCUUUACUUCACUACUGCUUACCCUAUUUCCUUUUAACUCAAGCGAAAUGAGCUCUAAUUUAACUGUGAUGGGUUUCAUGGCCUGAAAACAUUUGCAUAGUAAACUCUCAAAUUCUUAUGUGAAGUAACUGAUGCCAGAAUAAGAAGCACUCAGUUCUCAAGCUGCACCCUCUGAUAGAUCAACGAGUUCAAAUUUAAAGGGCAUUGAACUUAAUCACUGGUUACAGUUAGGGAUUGCUCUGGGUAUGCCACCACUUAAGACAAAAUGAACUCAAAUCUUAGGCUGAGUGCUUAUGAAGUAUUCUACUUAAUCCAUGAUGUGUUUUUAAUCUGGAGGUUUGAUCCUUGUUACUUUGAAGAAAACGUGAAGUUUGAAAUAAAGGAUGUGAACAGUUGGUUUUGAUUUUUACAAAUUGGUUGGAGACCCCACAGAAUGGUUAUUGUGAGGGUAGUAUUUCUAUUUACAACAGUUAUGUUAAUUAUAUGUUCCUUGUUGUAUCCAUUGUCCUAAGGAUUUCUUAAUCAGAUUAUGUUUGAGCUUAUUUCCCUCAUAUCUGAGAUACUACUUGGUCUUAGAAGUUCCUAUUUCGUACAACUGAUUGCGGUUUGCAAAAUCUAUAUUUUGUAAAAUUAAAAGUAAUUUUUUUUACAGGCAUUCUUCUGUAUUGGUCAUUGAAAAGAGAGAAACGAGCCGUGGCUAAAGUAUCUUAUUAGGAACAAGUGUUGAUGAGACAGUUUCAGUCUUGUUUCCUACUCCUGCUUUGUUAGCAAAAACUUGUAUUUAUAUUUUAUCUAGCAUCUAAUAAGAAGAUUACUAAGUGUCUUGAUAUUCAAAAAAGAAACUUGAAACAUUUUAGCUAUUGGAAAGCCUGACAGAUGAAGACUGAGCAUUUUUAUUCUUUUUAGGAAUUCCAUGUCUUUGCAACUGAUUUUGUACAUUAAUUCUGAAUUCACUAAACAUGAUAAAAACUUGAAUUCCAUGAAGAAAAUAACAAAGUGCUUACUUGGUUAUUAAUUAUGUUGAUGGUCAACUCCGAAGCAUUUUUUAGAGUGAACAAAAACAUACUAUGCAAGACUUAAUUGUGCACUUGAAAGUCUUACCUGAAUUGCCAUCUUGCAGGUGUCAUUGGUUUAAUGUACCAUGGGCAGAACUGCUCCCUUAGCUUGACUGUUUGUACGUAGCAAUCACAGAAUGUUUAGAAUGAUACAGAUUUGUAAGGAUCCAUGAGGUUUAGUUGAAAAUAUUUGUUUGAUUUCCCAACUAAUGAUGAAAUGGAACCCUAUUUUUGCAUGGCUAUGUUUUCCUUUUCCUGCUGGAACAUUCUGGUGGAUGCUGAUUUAUGAUGCAAAAUUCCAUUAUAGAAAUCUGAGUCUGGUUUUGUGUUUCAUGGGGUUUUUUGUUUGUUUGUUUGGGGUUUUUAAAAUUUCCUCUAUAGAGAUUUUAUCCUUUGUGGAGAAGAUAAUACUUCUGGUUUAUAAAAAUACUAUGUAAGUCCUCGCUGGCUGAAAUAUCUUUCUUGAUUGACUGGCAAAAAGUUCAGUUAGUAUUUGGGGUGACUAUUUUUCCUGUAGCUAAAAUACAACUUUUUGGGAGAAAGGUUAUGUAGAAGAAACUGAUGCUGAGACUUCUCCAGCUUCUUCUUAGGAAGAAGUGACUUGAAAGCCAGCAUUAAAUGGAAAUGUGAUUGGGUUUUGGACCUGAUGGGAAAAAAAAAAAGUGAGUCUGUGAGAUGGCAAAGACUUGAAGGAGAAUUAUGAAACAGAAAAAUCUGGUGGUAUCCUAGUAGUUCCAGUUACAAAAAAAUGUAUUUACUUUUGAAUAUGGAGUUUAGUGUUGGUGGAUCCAUCAGCCCUCAUUAAGUCUCAUAAGGUGUCAGAACUGUAUUUUAUCAAACAAGCAUAUUUGCUUUUGAUAGGUAGCAUAAAGUUAUGUGUCUGCAAUACUGAGAAUCAAGUAAAAUUAAACCACAUUCUGCUGUUCUUCUUUAGAAACAUUCCUGCGUAAAUACUGCAGUAAUACUGUCAUGCAGAGUGUAUCCUUUCUUGUUGUAUCCUUUUUUUGUGCAAUGUUUCCCGUAGCACUCAACUACAUCUAAGUUUUCAUAUAGAGUAGGUGUGGGGAGGAGUUUACAUGUUUAAAGCUUGAGCUAAUCUGGUAAUUUUGAAAAGCAAAAGAUGCUUUUUCAGGGGGAAAAAAGAAAUCAAUGAGUUUUCUGUGUUGUGUGAAUAGACACAUUAAAGGUUCUGAGUCUUAAAAGGUGGCCUCCACCUUUUUCCUCCAAGGUCAUAUACCUUACUAAUUUGUGGUCCCAUUCCUUAGUGAAACAGUUCUAGCUCAAACAAGCUGAUGUAUGUGGAGCUGUGCUGAGCUCACACUGAGGGUGUCACUUUGUUUUUCUUUAAAUAAAUAUUAUUAUAUUAAUAUGUUGGCUAAAAUAUGUUGCAGAGCAAUUCCUAAUAUUAAGGGGUUGACAGGUAUUUAGAUCAUUUGAUGAUUACUGCUGUCCUGGUAUAUGAGAAACAAUCUGUAGUUGAUUCAGUUUAUACAUUCCUUACUAUGUCUUUUUUGAGUAAAGAAAAAAUUAAUAAUAACUUGCAAUGAAGUAUUUGAACUAAUACUCAACUAUUAAUCACUGCUACCUUUUUGUUGGUGUUUUUUUUUUUAGAUUGUUCUCUGCACUGAGGUAGUGUUGUUGCCAGUGACUUAAUUUUCUUGUGGGUUUCAUACUACAUUACUAUUUAACUUUCUGUAAUUUAAAAUUAAUACAGCCUGCAUCUAUUAAGUCAUAUUUUUUUCAGACAUUAAGCACUUCUUAAAAUACUUUAACAUCUUUCAGUUUAGUUGUCAAAACAAAGUAUAACAGUGCUGUUUUCUGGUUGUUCUUACUUUUAACAUGCCUUUGUGAUGUUCCAGGUCCCUUUUGUGUUCCAUCUCUUUCAAGUAUUAUCAAGCUGGGGGAAGAAGCAGUGUAAUCGUCAGGACUCUUGAACUGUGCGUAGUAGCGUUUCUAAAGUAUUUAAGGCAGACUAUAAAUUGGCAGACUAUAAAUUUUCUCGUCUUAAAGAUUCUACAUCUUUAAAGUGUCACAAGACUUAUAUGAUAAAUGUAUGUUAGUUUGCUUGUGAAAUCUAAUAAAUUAUUUCCUUUCUCUUU